AGGAACUUGCUAAUCCCUUCAAAUCAUUUCCCCAGGUCCCGGUCCAGCUAGGUUAGCAUCAACAGCUUCAGUCCAAAACCAGCGACAAUUUCACUUCAUUUGCUUUAGCCAUGGCUCUCAACUUCACAGCACCCAAACCAGAACAUGGCAGCAGCACUAGUGCCCCAAUUCAACACAAUUCACAACCUCCUCUCACACUCACCUUGUAUCCCAUAACUCUCAAGUUUGAAGAGAUCGUCUACAAGGUCAAAUUGGAGCAGAAAGGAUCGGGCUGUGGUGGAUGGAUUACCCGAGAAAAGACCAUACUCAAUGGUAUCUCAGGCUUUGUUUGUCCUGGAGAAAUACUAGCAAUGUUAGGUCCAUCGGGAAGUGGUAAAACCACCCUCCUUACGGCUCUCGGAGGCGUCUCACUGGGAAGUUAUCCGGCAAGAUCGCAUACAAUGGUCGUCCUUUUUGUGGUUCCAUAAAGCGAAGAGCAGGGUUCGUUGCUCAAGAUGAUGUUCUAUACCCUCAUCUGACCGUGACCGAGACCCUUUUGUUCACGGCACUGCUGAGGCUACCCAACAGCUUGAACCGAGACGAGAAAGUCCGACAUGUAGAGAGAGUUAUCGUUGAGCUUGGACUAACGAGGUGUCGGAACAGCAUGAUUGGGGGACCAUUGUUCAGAGGAAUAUCAGGAGGAGAGAAGAAGAGAGUUAGCAUAGGCCAGGAAAUGCUAAUCAACCCAAGCUUACUUUUGCUAGAUGAGCCUACUUCGGGUUUGGACUCGACCACGGCGCAACGGAUCAUGACCACGAUCAAACGCCUGGCUAGUGGGGGCAGAACUGUUGUCACCACCA